AUGAGUGAUAGCCGUUUCUCUCUGCGCUUCAAUAGUGCGGAGAUCAGUCGCAUCUUCGACUUUGGGCGAAACACACGCAAUCGCGCCGCGUCUAUUGGUGGUAGUGGAUAUGGCCUGUUGCAGCAGUCUUCGAGCAAUCAAGCAGCAAACAACAGCAGCGAAAUAUUCCGAGAUGACGCGUGCUACGCUGAUGGAUCAGCUAAACCGAUCAUGUCUUUCCGUGGAGGCACUACAUGGCGCCAUUUGGACACGGAGCGUGAGCAGCUUAGCCUCGAUUUAUUCUGGUCCACUAGAAAGGAGAAUCCGUUUCGUCCUGACAUCAUGCCGGUGGAAGAGCUCGCACCACUUUCUAACUUUCGCUCCCUGCGCAGCCUCAAGUUGACUGGCAUGCUCCGGUCAUAUCAACGCCACAUCUGGCAGACCGUUUGGCUCAAUCCAGGUUUGGAGGACUUGUACUUAGAGAUGGCACUUGAGCCGUGCAUCCGGCACACGUUCUGCGGAAGCUGGCCAAAGAUUAGAGGGAAAUGGUUUCCACGAACUGCGGUUACAGUUCGUGGCCUUUACUAUGGCAAGGAUGGUCGAGGUGAAUUGAAGAGACGCGUGGGGUUUGGAGAAUACCUCGACAAGCAUGCAAUUGGAAACGCAAGGGAAGCCGCCGCAGCUCUGGGUGCCGUUCCUGACAAGCUGUCGGUGGUCAAACUGACGCUGAUGGGCUUUGUGGUCGACUCUGACCCGUUCUUCCUUUGGUUCAACCCACACCGCCUUCGCAGCAUCGAUUUCAAGGACCACUGCGUUGACGCCGGGUUCGCUCUUCCUGUCCGGAUGAGCGAACACGUCAUCGUUUCCUGGCCUCGAGACGACAACAUCCCAGAAGCAAUGUGGGCAAGACAAGUCCGGCCUGGGGAAAUUAAGCUCAUCGACUUGGGCUCAAGAAAGACAAAAGCGACUAAGAACAGUGACAACAAAGGAGGGAACAAGGGCAAGGAUACGGCCCCUGCAGACGACCCAUGCGAGGGGGCUGCACCGAAACCAACCCACAACUCCAGCACGCUGAGAAAGAAGAGUUUCAACCAGCUCAACGACGCGGAGACAUCUUCUUCUACCGCUCCAUCGACUACCCGCCGGGUGGGCGCGCUGCUGAAUAUUGGAGGUCGUCGCUUUACCCAGAAGAAAUAA